AUGACAGAUCCUUGGUCGGAGGCCGAGGCAGAGCCACUCAAAGCUACCCUAUCCUUCGAACAUAAUGAGAGUGAACAGCAUCGUCCUACAUCUGGUUCAAGUAUCGAACCAGUGUCUGCGCCAGACUACGAGGCCAGCGAGAUUCGAAUCGUCGAUGCUGCUGUGGCUUCAGAACUGGCCAAGUCCGUCUAUGUAAUCUAUGUUAUUGUUUCACCGGGCUUGGAAGCGAAGCGACGAUACUCCGAAUUUGAAGCGUUGCGCGAUGCGCUGGUCCAACUGCAUCCGACGCUCAUUAUCCCGCCGAUUCCAUCAAAGCACAGUCUAUCCGACUACGCUAUGAAACAAGGGCGUGCUAAAGUGGAUCCGGCUAUCAUGACAAAGCGCACCCGCAUGCUAGAACGAUUCUUGCGUCGGAUCGAUACUCACCCUGUACUGCGCCAUGAUAUUGUAUUCCGUCGCUUCCUUGAUUCUCGCUAUACAUGGCAUGAAAUCAAGAACACAGCACCUCUGACUAUGCUACCGAAGAACAACCUCGCUGCGCCACCACAGCAGCCCGCCAACCCAGAUGCACCUGGUUUCUACCUCGUUUUGCCCACGCCCUCAACGACAGCCAAGCUGCAAACGCCUCAUACACGGUUUCAAGACUCGGAAGCCUUUACAAACCGGUUUGAAUCGCAUAUGGCCCAUUCCAUGGAGCCUGUCAACCGCCGUCUAGUACGUCGUUGGCAGGAUAUUGGCCACGACUUUGCUGAGUUGGGUACCCUUCUGCAUGCGCAAGCGCCAUCGGAAGCUGAGGCGCUUGCGCCCCUGGUAGACAAGGUGGCGGAGGCUGCCGAGAAAACGAGCGAGUCCAUUAAUGAAAUGACACAGGCAUGGGAAUCGCAGAUCACUGAGCCAUUAAAUGAGUAUACCCAGUAUGGCACGAUUCUGCAAAAGAUCAUCAAGUGGCGACAUUUAAAGCAGCAACAGCUAGAAACCACACAGGAUUCGCUCGAGCAGAAACGCCAGCAACUGAAAGCCAUGGAGCGUGUCGAAGCAGAGGCAGCACGCUUGCAACAGGCUCUCGAGACAGGCGGUGCAAGUCUCAUGGCUUCCCAGACAGAGGCCCAACAGCCUUCGCAGCGAGUGUCUGUAUAUGGACGCGCAGCUGAAAUGGAGGAGGAGGACCCGUGGGCCACCCCCUCGACGAAGGCAAAGGACCGAAUGCCGGAACCUGAGGUGGCCUCAGCGCCCUCUUCUACCAUGCCUAUCGAGGCAGCAACCCUCGCCUCGAUCAAGCCUACAUCCCGUGGAAUUUUGGGCUCCCUGAGCGAUACGCUAGCGAGUGUCAUGGAUCGCGAUCCCGACCGGACACGCCAAGCGAACUUGGCUCGUCUUCGCGCAGAAGUUGUGUUGUUACAGGACGGCCUAACGCAGUCUCUGAAGGACAUGGAAUACGUCAACUCAUCAAUCCAAGCAUCGCUAGACCGUUUCCAGCGUCUCAAAGUGGCGGAUUUCCGUAAAUUGAUGCUUGAUAUGGCCUAUAUGCAGCGCGAGCACUGUGCCAAAAGCCUAGAGGCUUGGCGCCAAGCACGCGAUCAGGUGAAGCACAUAGGGGCCGAGGCAUGGGAGGGUAUGCCGGAUGCGCAUUUGCCCUCCAAGGGCCGUGGCUCUACGAUACGGCGCAGUGGCGACGCUUAA